UUUUUUUUUUUUUUUUUUCCUCAUAAAUAAAUAAAUGUUAAUAUAAAUUUUAGGUCCUAUAAAUUAUACCUAAAACGUUAUAAUUUGACUUCUUUUCAAACUUAAUUGAUGUUUACAAUAAUUUCGUAAUAAUAUCCUCGCGAUAAUUUGAAGAAUAUACUUUAUGUGCUACAUCCCUUUUAUAUCAUCGUUUACGAAUUACCGUUUACUGCCCAUUCAAAUCAUUCCACCACAUUUUGCUUUUGCAUUAAGCAUAAUAAAGAGAUGGUCCUUUUAGAAAGCGGGUAUUCUUUAAUCUGUAAAAACUUUACGAUACCCGAAGAAACGAAAAAUUUAACGAACAAUAUAUUAAUAUCACCAUCAUCAUCAGCAGUAAAUUUAUCAAAUGUUAUAACAAGAUGUGUUUGUGAUUUUAGAAUAAAUUUUAGUGGAUGUGAAGAAGAAAAUUUAUUAAGAACAUUACAUUGGAUAUUAGUACCAUAUUGUAUAAUAAUUAUGAUGAUAGCGAUAGGAUUUUUAUAUUAUAGAAAUUGUAUAUUAAAACAAUCCUUUUGGUUAUCUUCAACAAGAGAAAGAGGUUAUUUAAGACCUAAACCUCAAGAAGUUAUUCAUACCACUACAAUAAUAUUUAAUUUAUUUCACGUGAUUCAUAUAUUAAUGGUAUUAUUUGAUGCGUAUCCAAAUUUUACUAUGGCAGAAAUUGUUCAAGAUUUAAGUAGAGAAUUAGCCAUUGGAUUAGCGUUAAUAUAUCCUAUAAGCAUAACUUAUACAACUCCAACAAAAGAAUCAAAAAAUGAACUUACAAAUAAUAGUAAUAAUAAAAGUUCACCAAAUAGAUAUAUAGCAGAUAUAAUAGGUUUUUUAUUAUUAAUAUCGCCAAUAUCAACAUUAUUACCACUCGCAUGGAUAACAGGACAUUAUGUAGAUAUUAAUGAUUUAGAUAAAGCGAAUUCAACUCGUAGAAUACAUAAUUUAGUUUGGGUAAUAUGGGUGAUGAUCUUUUUAAUAAGUUUGAUUUAUAAUUGGUAUAAAUUAUUUAUUAUUAUAUGGAAUCAUAUUAAAGCAUUAAAACGUAAAGAAAUUGUUAGUGGUACUUCUGAUAUGCAAUGGACUGUUUCUACUUUAAGACGUGCUGCAAUUUAUUUGUGUUUGGCAAUUUCUUCAUUAGUAAUUAUUAUGACAAUAUUUUUAAUAAUGUCAUUUACUUAUGGUUAUUUUCACCUAUCAAGUACAUUAUUCAAUUAUAAUACGAAUAUUACAUACGUAAUCGUAUGGAAUUUUACAAUACCAAUAUUACAAAAUUUGGUUCAAUUUUUUUUCAUAUACAAAGCAAUAAAACCGAAAACAGAACACUCAAACACAUCAAUGACGAGUAGAUUUGCAUUAGCGAAUGCAGCAAGGAAAGAUGAUAAAAGAAGGAUGGAUGAUUUUUCACGUGAUGAUGAAUCUUUAAUAGGAGGUGGUGGUGGUGGCACGUUAACAACUACUUCGACCCCAUUAACGUCACCAUUUGUUUCUUCAACUCCACCAGUAACAAAUACAAACACAAAUAUGACCACAACCACAAUGACAUCAACAAAUACAAAUAAUAAUGAUUAUUUUAAUCAUUCUAAUUCAAAUGGAUUGAAUGCAGCUGCAAUGAAUUCAAUGACAAAUAAUAUUUUACAAAAUAAGUCUAGUAUUGAAAUAAAUCGUAAUGAAGCGUAUAAAAGGUUAAAUUCAAGAAGAUCUUUAACAAGAUCUAGUUCACAAAUUUUAUCACCUAUUAAUUUUGGAGAAAAUUCAAAUAUCGAAGAGGGUAAUUCAAUAUAUCCAUCCUUUUUAACACCAAAAAAUGAUUAUUAUAGUAGAAAUUCUAUUAAAAGACCUGUAUUCAUAUUUUCGGAUGAACAAACUAGUGAUGAAAUUGAUUUAAAUAGUACUGUUUUUAAUAAUGUUAAUAAUGGUAAACGAAUUAGCGGAGAAAAUACGGGAAUAAAAAGAAUAAGUAAAAGUAGUAGUAGUAUAAGAAUAAGUGUAGGAACGAAUACUAGUAUUAAUGGUAAUGAUUCUUCAAGUAAUUUAGGUGUAAGAAGAAUUUCAGGUCAUAUUAAACAUCAAAAAUCAUUUGAAAGUUCAAUGGGAUUAAUUGCUGAAGAAAAUUCUGAUGGAUCACAUCGAACAAUUAUGACAAAAAGAAAUCAUAGUAGUGCGAGUGUAAGUAGAGAAGCAUCUGAUGCAACUUCUACUACAAUAGUAACUACCUCAACCACAUAUACUUCUAGUAUUACAGUAUCAACUACUACUACUGUAAUAAGUCCUAUAGCAGCAGCAGCCGCUAAAGCUUCUUGGAAUAAACCUGAUAUUAAUGAUCAUUUGAGUGCUGAUGAAAGAAAAAGAUUAUCAGAUUCAAUGGAAAAACGUGAAUGGUUAACUAAACGUCCCGUAUCACCUCUUCUUAGAAGAAAAACUUUAUCAAAAUUACCUAAUUUAUAAAAAAAAUAUAUAUUUCUAGAUAAAAAACAAUUAUUUAUUUUUAAUUUAUAUUAAUGUACUUAUAUAUAUAUAUUAUAUUAUUCUUUUUUUUUAUUAUCUUUUUUUCUUUAUUUUUAUGGGUGGGAGUUUUGUUCUUCACGUUAUUUUAUUUUAUUUUUUUUUGUAUUAUAUAUUUUUCGUUGGGUUU